AUGAUUCCUAAGCGUGUUCUACAUUUAGCACAACUAAGUGUUGUUGGUUUAGCGGGAUAUUAUAUUGGACUGAAGGAUAAAAUAUUUGAAAAUAACGAGAACACUGUUUUGCUAAAUGGCAAAACAUUGAAAAGUAUGCCGGCUUUACCAAUUUUUGGCACAGUUUCUGCAGCAGUGCCAUAUACAGACGGUGGACAUGUAAAAGACAGGGUGUCCCAGAUAAUGAAAUAUGGAUUCCCUGGAUUGGAUAACGUUCGUUCUUAUGACGAUUUUGUUCUAUCCUACGACCGUCGUAACAGAGUACCGAAUUGGGUAUUUGAACAUAUCACUAAGGAACAUAUUAUGAAAAAUGAUGCUGUCGAUAGGAGCAAGUGUGAUUUCACUCCUGACGAGAGCAUUCAUCCAUUUUUCAGGUCUCAGAACAGUGACUACAAGGGAUCAGGAUUUGACAGAGGCCAUAUGGCUGCAGCAGGUAAUCACAGAUUAGCACAGAAACAUGUUGAACAAACAUUCUUCCUCACAAAUAUGGCUCCGCAAGUUGGUGAAGGAUUUAACAGACAUGCAUGGAAUCGCUUAGAGAAGCAUGUUAGAAAACUGACAAAAGUUUAUGACAAUGUAUAUUGCUGUACUGGACCUUUGUAUCUACCUAGGAAAGAAUCUGACGGCAAAAUGUAUAUUAAAUACCAAGUCAUAGGAGCUAAUACAGUGGCGGUACCCACUCAUUUUUAUAAAGUAGUUGUUGGGGAAGCAUCCGAUGGCAGUCUUGAUAUGGAAGCAUAUGUGAUGCCGAACCAGAAAAUACCUGACGAAACACCCGUUUCUUCAUAUAUGGUGCCUCCCGAAACUAUAGAGAAGGCAGCGGGAUUAUUAUUCUUCGACAAAAUACACAGGAGUAAAUUGAAUAGAAUAAAUGGCAAGAAAUUGUAA